AGCAAACGUAAUUAUUCUGGCAAUGUUGCUUGAGAGAUACAUACUAAACAAAGUCAUUUUCCUUGCCUUAUUUUCUGAUCUAUCGCUUAAAAAUAAUCAUAAACUCAACCUUCUUUUAUACUAACCAAGGCUAAUAGAACAUAAAAACAAAUGAUUACUUAGUACCAUUUGCAAUUAAAAUCCCAACUACAGAUUCAUACGUGCACCAAACACCUGUUCUGUUACGCGGCAACCAAUUU